ACAUUCCAUUUUUCGAUACAGAGGUCCGAACUUCCGUUGUCGUUUUCGCCAUUAACACUGAUGCAGUGAUGGUUCAGGACGCCAUUAGCGAGAAGUUGGGGAAUUUUUUACAUUAUAUGGCAACAUUUGUGUCUGGAUUUGUGGUGGGUUUCACUGCUGUUUGGCAAUUAGCACUUGUCACUCUUGCUGUGGUUCCUCUCAUUGCUGUAAUUGAAGGUGUCCACACCACCACAUUAGCUAAGCUCUCUUCCAAAAGCCAAGAAGCUCUUUCUGAAGCAGGAAACAUUGCAGAAUAGGUGAAAGAAGAUUGAAAAUUCCAACAUUUGUUCAUUUUCUACUUACUCAGAAAAAAGUACCCACAAAAUUAAAUUUUCUCUGUUUUUUCAAUUGGUUGUUGCUGAUUUAAGCUAACAAUGCAGACAAUAGCUCGAAUUUGCAUUGUUGUAUUGAGAAUGGACAUAGUUUCCUUGUAAAUUUUCUCUGUUUUUGUAUCUGGGUAUUGCUAAUUCUAGAAGUUUUUAAGCUUGAUGUGUAAUUAUGUAGUGGGAUAAUUUUGUUGAUGUGUA